AGUCUGGCUGCGCGCUUAGGCGAUCCGCUGGCAUGGCUCUGGAAGGCGGCGGCGGCGGCGGCAGGAGCAGCAGCAGCAGCAGCAGCUCCUUGGAGGCUGCCCUGGCCGAGUGCACAGCAGCCCUGAACUGCUUCCUGCGUAACCAGUUCAGUGAGAGCCUGGAAAUGCUGCAGCCCAGGGCAGGAGAAAGCAUGUAUCAUGCCUUAAUCUAUGCCACCAUCCUGGAGAUGCAAGCUGUGAUGACCUUUGAACACGAUGACAUUGUCCAUGCUGGACAGACCAUGAAAGAAGCGCAGGAGAUUUGUCAGAGGUUUCGGAGAAAAAGCACCAUGAGCAGUUCCUUCUCCAGUCGACAAGGUGGAGAUGCCUGCGCUGAGGAGGAGCUGCAUGCUGAAGUGUGCUACGCAGAAUGCUUAUUGCACCGGGCAGCCCUCACCUUCCUCCAGGAUGAAAAUAUGGUGAAUUUUAUAAAAGGGGGAAUCAAGGUGCGUAACAGCUACCUCAUCUACAGAGAGCUCAACAGCUGCAUCCGUCCGAAUCACUUGCCAUCAAGUUCUGCUCGUGUCCAUCUGGAGGGGGGAAUCGCACUAGGUAUUGGUGCUUUCAACUUGACUCUGUCUCUCUUUCCACCCCGGAUUCUCAGACUAUUGGAGUUUGCGGGGUUUUCAGGAGACAAGGAUUAUGGUCUGCAACAGCUGCGCCAGGGGGCUACCACACCCAACCUGCGGGCGUUGCUCUGCACAAUGCUGCUCCUGUGCUACUACACCUUCCUUACCUUCAUCUUAGGGAUCGGGGAAGAUGAUUUCACAGAGGCUGAGGCCCUGCUAAGUCCAUACCUCUCUCGUUACCCUCAGAGUGCCAUUUUCUUGUUCUUUGCUGGGAGGAUAGAGGAGAUCAAAGGAAAUAUCAAUGAGGCGAUCAAGAAGUUUGAGGAGGGCUGUUCGGUCCAGCAGGCCUGGAAGCAGUUUCACCAUAUGUGCUACUGGGAGCUGAUGUGGUGCUUUGCUUACAAAGGAAUGUGGAAGAUGGCUUACUUCUAUGCAGACCUGCUGAGCAAGGAGAACCGUUGGUCCAAGGCAAUGUAUGUGUACAUGAAAGCUGCCUUCCUGAGCAUGCUUCCACCAGAGGAGCCGCGGCCUUUUGGGGAGGAAGAAGUUGAGCUUUUUCGGCAGGUCCCCUCUUUCAAGCAGAAGAUUGCAGGGAAGUCUCCACCCACAGAGAAGUUUGCCAUCCGUAAAGCGAGACGCUACAAAGGCAGCGAACACAUCCCCUUACCUGUACCAGCCCUGGAGAUGAUGUAUAUGUGGAAUGGAUUCACAGUCCUGGGGAAACGAAAAGAACUGUUAGAAGGGACUCUGGACACCCUGAACCAGGCUGAGAAGCAGUUAAAAGAGGCACCAGCCAGUGAGUACCAGGUAGAUGACCAGUGUCUGCUGCUGCUUCUCAAAGGCCUAGUCCUCAAGCACUUGCACAGUUCGGCCGAGGCGGAGGCCUGCUUCAGCGCUGUCUAUAGCAGUGAAAAGAGAAUCCGGUAUGAUCACUACUUGGUACCUAAUGCUCUACUAGAAUUGAGCCUGCUGUACGUUGCAAAAGGCCACAACGAUGAGGCUGUGCAGCUGCUCCGCAAAGCAAAGAAUAAUUACAAGAAUUAUUCAAUGGAGUCAAGAACACUAUUCCGGAUCCACGCUGCAUUAUCCAAACUCAAGGCCAGCCAAGAGGAAAAUGGUACAGAUGGAGCCAGCCCUUCCUAGGAGAUUGAAAAGGCAGACUGUUGUUCUUAGGAGCACCUGGACCAAAGGGAGAACUUGCCAGAGCACUGGGGCUUGAGACGUUGACUCCUUCUUUGCUGGGUUAUGGUGUUGCCAUCAGCUGUACCAGUUGACUAUCCAUCUAGUCCUUGGUAUGAGGGACUGGAUGGACUUUUCUUAUCCAGCUUGUGGCUCCCAAGACCAGGGAGAAGUUUAGGAAAUAUUGCUUUCUAAUGAAGGAAACUGAAAGCAGCAGCUCAUCUUGAUUAAUCAGUCCCCUCUCUCAGGGUCCUACAAAUGAGGGCUAGAUUCUCUUUAGAAUCCUCCAGUAAUCUAAUCAUAUAAUCAUUUGGAAAUAGCUUGAUACCUCUAGUUUCCUAUUGCGUACUGAUGGCAAUUCCUUGUCCGUUUCCCCUUUGAAUCGCCGCUUCUUAACUCAAGAAGCCAUGAAGUACACCAGGUGGCUCUUCUUCUUGCACUGAAGUUGAAGCUAAGAGUGCCAGUAAGUUAACAGAAUCCGCUUGGGCUGGCAAUUGUGCAUAUCUCAAGUGGCUCAAGCUACUCUCUGCUGCAGCCUUCCUUUUUUUCCAAAAGUGCAAAGAGGGUUUUUAAAGAAAAAUGUAACUGGUCUGUACCCAUUAAAAGACCAAAUCAUCUCGCUAUUGGGUAUAGAAGCUGGGGGUGCAUGCAGGUGAUCUUGGCACAGGCUUGUAAAGCAGGAAAGAAUGGAUUGCCCUUGUUAUACAUGCAGGUGGGUAAUUUUAAAGCCAAAUGAAUGAAACCACCUCAGGUAGUAUUGGGGCCUAGAUUCGUCAGAAACAGUUGCAGGACAACUGUGAAUUGACGUCUUCUGUCAUUCUCAUCACGAAUCAGCACUGCUGUGAACAUGCACGGCUGAUGGAUGUGGUAUCUGAACAUAUUCCUCUCAGUUUGGUUCUGGAUUAGUCUCUAUGAAUGAGUUCUCCAGAUUCACUGGGGCAAGCAAACACCAUACAUAAAUGGUCUGCCUUGUGCUGAGCGACUGUUCUUUUGUAACAGCAACAGAUUGGGUGCUUGUGCUGGGAAGCCGUUGCCAUACAUUUUACUCAGGGCUGAUGUCUAGAGAUGUGUUUAAAUCCAUGUCAGGAUGCUCCUAUUAGCUCUGUGUGAUUUAACAGUGUUCACUUGAAGACCACUUACAUUGUAAAUAUUUUAUAAAUUUGUGUGCAUAGCGUAUGGCCAGGAGUGUAGUUGCAAAUUCAGUAGCGCAAGGUCUCUUCAUGAGACUUACAUACUUUUCAUGUGAAUGCCCCUUUCCUUCCCGAGUGUGCACGCACACACAUUUGUACACUUCAAAUUACGAUGUAGCUGCAAGUACAGUGAGGAAGAAGCUGCCAUCCAGAAACCAGCCCACUUCUUCUUGCACGGCUUAUGAAAUGCACACACACACAAAGGGAGCUAGAUGGGAGAGGAGGAGGAGAGAAGCAAAGUUUUCCAAGAAGUCUGAUGAGUUGCAGGAGGGUUUCUUUUAUGGAUUUUAGUUGUCACCUUGCACGUACAGUAUGCACAAAGAUAGAGGUGCAGAAAACCAAGCAGCACCUAAGCCAUGCUAAUCAGGCAGGCAAGUGAAAGGGCCAGUUCACUUCCUUCGUCUUCAACAGAGUGGUGGAACAAGAUCCCUUUCCACCUGAAGGAAAAAGGAGGGGACUAUAUCCAUAUGAAAUUUAAGUUUUGUAGGAAGGAACACAAGCUGGUAGCUACCUGAGGGGAAAAGGUGGAGGGGAUGACCUGACAAUUGGGUGCUUCAGUGUGGGAUAACAGGACUACACCACCAGAUAUGGCAGAAAUGCACAAAAGGAGCAAAGCUUACCACCUUAGUCUGAUUCCAGUUGUUAAUUCUUAUUAAGUAUCCUUUGCAACAACCUUUGCUAGAAAAGGAUGCAGUAGCCAUCACUAAUCCACACUUACUUUGCUACUUUCAUCUCUUUGCCUACCUUAGUCCAUCUCCUCCUAAGCAGACUCAACAGUGCAAAAUGGCAGACCUAAUAAAAUCAAGGGCGGAAUGAAGGACUAAGGAGAAGCCUGGGGUUGACUAGCUGGUCCUCAACGUGUUCUAGCAUAAAAGCUUACUUUUUCUCUUUGUAAUUUUCUGAAGGCCUUUCCUCAAUAUAUGACUUUUUGCAGUAUCUGCUAUUUUUGGUAGUGUACAUGAAUCCAUUCGUAAGCAUCAGCUUGAUAAGUCACAUUGAUUUUAGGUUCUCCUCUAUGUACAGUAUAAUAUGUCCUCUGCAACUUGUCAAAGCUAAUUUUAACUGAACAAAUAGAAUUCAUUACUUCCUGCUAAGUUAGAA